GAUACAAAUAUAUAUAUAUAUAUAUAAACCACUUAGCAACUAAUAACAAUAAUAAUAAUAGGCAUGGAUGGAUUAACAAAGACAGAGAUGCAGUCCCUAUCAUUUCCCAGCGCUCAUCCUUUAGGAGGUGUGGCUAUUUCAGGCACAGUAGGUUUGUACAACCCUUCAAAUGUCCUUAGCCUUCGCUUGGGAGACAUUGAUUUUGGCAUCUACCUUCCUGGUCCAGAAAAAGAUACUCAAAUUGCCAUUGUGCGGGCUGUCAAUGCAAACUUGAUAGGCAAUCAAAUGAACUACUUUAAUGUCACUGGCCGUACACUUCCUAUCACCUCUGAUGCCGAAAGUAUCAUGUCCUCUUUCCUCACCCAAUACCUACACGGUGAAAGCAGCCUGGUUCAUGUCCGCGGCAGUUCCUUUGGACCUGAUCCAAACCGACCCACCCACACUCCCGGUUGGCUUCGUGAGGCUCUUGAAGCGAUUACUAUUCAAGUACCGUUUCCAGGGGCAAGCGAGACAGACUUGAUUCAAAAAUUGGAGCUAUCUAAUAUCAAGAUUGACUUUUCUUCUCUGGGAGAUCCUCUCAUUUCAGCAGAUGCUGUUGCGUACCUGAAACAGCCCAAGGAAAUCGAAUUUGAUCUUGAUGUACAAAAGAUUCUUCCAACCGUCUAUCUCUACCUCAAUCAGGAAUCACUUCAUCCCUUUGCCGUCGUCAAACCAAAUGAGCCAUGCCCGGCUCAGACACAAAGGAUAAACGAUCAUAAGCUCAUGGUGACCUCGAAAAUGGAAAAGGCGCCUUUCAAGGUCUUGCCAGGCGGGCAAAAAGACUUUGAAGAGUUUUUGAAUCGCGUGUUUCAUGAAAAGAACGGAAGGGUGUACAUGCAAGGUAGUUCUGAUGCACAAGUGGAGAGUGCCUUUGGUCAUCUUACUGUUCAAAACCUUCAGUUUCAGGGAAGCCUUGAUAUUCAAGGCAUGCAAGGAUUGAAGAAUCCAGAGGUGACGUCUGUCUCUCUUGUCCGUGGAUAUCAGGAUGCACUUGAAAUCAGUACAACGCUCAAGAUCCAUAACCCUUCUAAUGCAGCUGUUAACUUGGGUGAUAUCAACAUGAUUUUGCUCUUUGAAGGUCACCCCGUGGGUAAUGCAACUGUACGUUUAUUAAACUUGAAGGCUGGAGAAGCAAGUGAUCUGAAAGUCUCGGCAUGGUUAGAAGCAAACAACACCUAUGCUAAUGACUUUAUCGGUCGUUAUAUUUCGACAGGUAUUGGUAAACAGUCGAAUGUAAAUCUCACUAUUUCUGGAGAUCAUCCAAACGCGACUCGUUCCAAGUUUAUCAGAUCGCUGAUCCGUAGUCUAGUAUUUCAUAUACCUGUUCCACCCUUUGAUAAGGAUCCACUGUUGAUCGAUUGUCAGAUGAACAUACUUUCAUCCACUAUUGUAAUGAGCCUAAGUAAUCCAUUUCCAGGCAUAACCAUGACGAUCAACAACAUACAUGCCCUUGCAUCCUAUGAGAUCUAUGAUAUCGGAAGUGUAGCAGCUGAUUUUGAAGACAAGAGCCAAGGUUGGAAGGAAGGGCCGAUGGUACUACCUGGCCCUCUGUGUCAUCCAGCCUGUCAAGGCGUCGUAGUUGAAUCAGAAAAGAUACCUGUCAUGACAAAGAAAUUGGGAUUUGAAGCAAUCAAGAAGGCUUUAGGUGGAUCCAUUGUCGUCUCUGUUGAAAGUCGUGUUGGUGUCAUGUUGGAUGACUAUAGACUGGAUGAUCUCAUGUACAGACAAAAUAAUAUUACUACCAAGGUUAGAAAAGGAUUCUGAUAAAUAAAUAAUAAUAAAAAGAAACACGCGCGGUAUUGGAAAAAGAGAGAAAAU